UAUCAAUGUGUUUCCUUGUUGUUGUGAUUCGUUAGUUGCUAUGCUAAGCUAGCUAAUAGCCUUAAACUGUAACCCUUCACUGGUGGGAAAUGUUGUUCUUGAUGUCAAUAUGCCUUUAAAGCUCCACGAGUUUUUUGUCCUAGAGACAUAAAAAGAAAACCCCAAGACUUCGACUUUUAUAAUGUAUACAAAAAGGAAAUUAGCACUUUGUCAAGAGCUUGCACAUUUCAGUCUCUGAGCGAGGUUUUAACUCCUAAUGGCCCACCCAUUAGCAAACGAGGGCUAUUCAUAUGGUAAGAGAUGGUAAUUCGGCGAUUGCUCUGGGGGCAUGACGUGGCGAGGAACCCUGAGUAAACGGUCAUUUUCACCAAUAUAAACCAGUCCACAUUGUGGGUUGUUUGUUUCCGUACAGACUGAGGAGAAGCAACAUGUCGCUCCCCAUUUCUGCUGCUAAUGCUCCAUGCCCGAUGGAUCUUGCUCUGGAGAGCGAGGAGGACAACCAUUCGUCCGAUGAAAGUAGUGACGACAGCGUGGACAUUAUUCGUCCUGACCCCGUUGAGGAUAUCCCUGAUGAUGAUGAAGGACAAGACGAUGAUUAUGAAGCACCAGGGGAGGCCAACACCCCUCCUGUGAAUAGCCGUAAGCGGAAAUGGGGGCAGAAGUCAGUCAGUGAGCCAGCUUUAAAAGCCUCUUAUCAGGUUGCAUUACGUGUCGCUCAGACCAAACAGCCAUACACGAUUGCGGAAAGCUUGAUAUUGCCUGCAGUAAGUCUUAUGUGCAAAGCAAUGUUGGGGAAGGAUGAGGAGUACGAAGAAAAACUGAGAAGCAUCCCGUUGUCCGACGCAACCAUUGCCCGCCGUAUUGAUGAAAUGGCGGCCGAUGUGAGGACACAACUAGUAGAGAAACUCCUGAAGGCCGAUUAUUUUGCACUGCAAUUAGACGAGUCCACUGACGUGUCAGACGAAGCUCAGCUUUUAGCGUUUGUGCGGUUUGUCGACCAAGAUGAGAUGCAGGAGGAAUUCCUAUUCUGCAAGCAGCUGCCUGGACGUGCGACAAGUUCAGAGAUUUUCAGAGCGAUCGACGAUUUUUUCCACGAACAUCACAUACCUUGGCCAAAAUGUGUCGCACUGUGCACAGACGGUGCAAGAGCCACGUGUGGUUUAAAAAGUGGACUUAUCGCGCUUGUCAAAGAUGCAGCGCCCCAACUGAUGUGGACACACUGCAUGCUUCAUCGGGAGAAUCUUGUGGCCAAAGACAUGAGUGGUGAAUUGUCCAACGUCAUGGACACUGUCGUGAAAGUGGUCCAUUUUGUCGAGAAGAGGGCUUCACAAACGCAUCUAUUCUCCUCGCUCUGUGAUGCUACAGGAGAAGAACACACCGCGCUCCUCCGUCAUUCUGGGGUCAGGUGGCUUUCGCGCGGAGCCGUGCUGUCACGCGUGUUCGAGUUGCGCGCGUCUCUCCGGGGUUUUUUUGCGUGCCACGACUCCGCCGAGCUGGCCGAAUGUUUCAGCGACGACGCCUGGCUUACCAAGCUCGCGUAUCUUUCAGACCUUUACCGUGAGCUGAACAGACUGAACGGCAGCUCUAUGCAAGGACGACGCGACGCACACGUCAACCAGCUGUACGACAGGAUGGAGGGCUUUCUAAAAAAAAUCAGAAGAUGGAGGGGUCGAGUCAGAGAGGGCAUUCUUUCCAUGUUUCCGAGCGUGGAAGAGUUAUGUGAAUCUGCGGCGCUGUCUCCUCACCUGACACACACGAUCGUUUCACAUUUGGAGGCACUCGAUGAUGAGUUUGGGAAAUACUUCUCUGAAGCGGAGUUGUGGCGGAAAGACAAGACAUGGAUACAGUUCCCAUUCAAAGAUGGUGCAGCAGAUGGCUCAAACUUAACAGUGACGGAGGAAGACCAGCUCAUUGACCUAUCCACCGACAGCACGUGCAGGAAUGCGUACGAAACGAGACCGCUCGUCCAAUUCUGGAUUUCUUGCCAGAAAGACUUCCCUCAAUUGACGGCAAAGGCGAUGAGGAGUCUUUUACCGUUCGCUACUACGCAUCUUUGUGAAAGUGGAUUUUCCUCUCUUGUCUACCUGAAGAGCGAAUACAGUUCAAGACUGAAGCCUGAGGCGGAUUUGGCACUCUGCCUCAAAACCUCCAUCUGCCCCAGAAUAGACCAGCUCUGUGCCUCUCACUAG